AAAAUUGAAGAAAGUAUAGCAGAACAAAAAACUAUUGAUAUAUUUAGACAACAAAUUGAAGAUUUGAUCAAAGAAAAUAAUGAAUUAAAAACAAAAAAUGAAGAAUUAACUAAAGUAGCAGAACAGAAUUUAAUUUAA